UUAUUUCUCCAAUUCAGAGUAUCCUCACUAUCAAUUUCUUUCCUUAUGUGCAUGGCGUAGUUGAAGUUACCUCGAUUUCACCAUGCAGAUAUUUGUGAAGACUCUUACUGGGAAGACCAUCACCCUCGAGGUUGAGGCAUCGGACACUAUCGAAAAUGUGAAAGCAAAAAUUCAAGAUAAAGAAGGCAUUCCACCUGAUCAACAAAGAUUAAUUUUUGCUGGCAAACAAUUGGAAGAUGGUAGAACUCUGUCAGAUUACAACAUUCAAAAAGAAUCUACGUUGCAUUUGGUGUUACGUUUAAGAGGAGGAGCUAAGAAACGUAAGAAGAAGAAUUACUCGACUCCGAAAAAAAUUAAACACAAGAAGAAGAAGGUUAAGCUUGCUGUACUCAAAUUUUAUAAAGUGGAUGAAAAUGGAAAAAUUCAUCGAUUGAGAAGAGAAUGCCCAAUGGAACAGUGUGGUGCAGGAGUUUUUAUGGCUGCAAUGGAAGACCGACAUUACUGUGGUAAAUGUGGUUACACGCUUGUAUUUAACAAGCCAGAAGACAAAUAAAAUGUAAAAUGUAUGAUUACUUAAUUACAAAAAUUUCAUAAAUA